AUGUGGGGGUAUGACUGGACCAAGGAGGGUGGCUAUGGGGGGGGCAGGGCCGUGGGCCAGAGGACCCCGCUGUGGCUGCGGGCCCGCUUUCAGGCGCUGCUCUUCGCCCUGGGCUGCCGGAUCCAGCGGCACUGCGGGAAGGUGCUCUUCGUGGGGCUGCUGGUGUUCGGGGCGCUGGCCGUGGGACUACGGGUGGCCUCCAUCGAGACCGACAUCGAGCACCUCUGGGUGGAAGCGGGCAGCCGGGUGAGCCAGGAGCUGCGCUACACCAAGGAGAAGUUGGGCGAGGAGUCCGUCUACACGUCCCAGAUGUUGAUCCAGACGCCGAAGAAGGAUGGUGAUAACAUCCUGACACAGGAGGCCCUGCAGCUCCACCUCGAGGCGGCCUUGGCCGCCAGCAAGGUUCAAGUCUCACUGUACGGAAAAUCGUGGGAUUUGAACAAGAUCUGCUACAAGUCGGGUGUCCCCAUCAUUGAGAAUGGCAUGAUCGAGAGGAUGAUAGAGAAGCUGUUCCCCUGUGUGAUCCUGACACCAUUGGACUGCUUCUGGGAAGGCUCCAAGCUGCAGGGAGGCUCAGCCUAUCUCCCGGGCCGCCCGGACAUCCAGUGGAGCAACCUGGACCCUCUGCAGCUGAUGGAGGAGCUGGGGCAGUUCACAUCCCUGGAAGGCUUCAAAGAGCUGCUAGACAAGGCAGAGGUGGGACAGGCUUACAUGGAGCGCCCCUGCCUGGACCCCCGGGACCCCCAAUGUCCCUCCAGUGCCCCCAACAAGCAGAGCCAGCAGAGCCCCGACAUCCCGGCCGAACUCUCGGGGGGCUGCCACGGCUUCUCCAGGAAGUUCAUGCGCUGGCAGCAGGAGCUGAUUUUAGGCGGCACGACCAAAGACUCCCAGGGCAAACUGCUACGCGCCGAGGCCCUGCAGACCAUGUUCCUCCUCAUGAGCCCCCGGCAGCUCUAUGAGCACUUCAAGGAUGACUACGAGAUCCAUGAUAUCAGCUGGAGCGAGGAAAAGGCAGGAGCCAUCCUGGAGGCCUGGCAGAGGAAAUUCGUGGAGCUGGCACAGGACUCCAUCCCUCCCAACGCCACGCAGAGUGUCCAUGCCUUCUCCACCACCACGCUCAAUGACAUCAUGAAGUCCUUCUCUGACGUCAGCGUCAUCCGGGUGGCUGGGGGCUACCUCCUCAUGCUGGCCUACGCCUGUGUCACCAUGCUGCGGUGGGACUGCUCCAAGUCCCAGGGGGCUGUGGGCCUGGCUGGGGUCCUGCUUGUGGCUCUCUCCGUCGCCUCUGGCCUGGGGCUUUGCUCACUGCUGGGCAUCUCCUUCAAUGCAGCCACCACCCAGGUCCUGCCCUUCCUGGCCCUCGGCAUUGGGGUGGAUGACAUGUUCCUCUUGGCUCACGCCUUCACCGAGACGAGCCAGCACAUCCCCUUCAAGGAGCGGACGGGUGAGUGUCUGAAGCGCACGGGGACCAGCGUGGCUCUCACCUCUGUCAGCAACAUGAUCGCCUUCUUCAUGGCAGCCCUGGUGCCCAUCCCUGCCCUGCGCGCCUUCUCCCUCCAGGCUGCAGUGGUUGUUGUGUUCAACUUCGCCAUGGUGCUCUUCGUUUUCCCUGCUAUCCUGAGCCUGGACCUGCACCGCCGGGAGAAACGCCGGCUCGACAUCCUCUGCUGCUUCUACAGCCCUUGCUCCUCAAGGGUCAUCCAGAUCCAGCCCCAAGAGCUUGCUGAUGCCAACGACAACCAUGCCUGCCAUCCAUCUCCUUAUGGGCACCCCGGCAUGGCCACCAGCACACAGAUCACCACCACUGUGCAAGCCUUCACCCGGUGUGACCCCUCGGGCCACCACAUUGUCACCGUCCUGCCACCCACCUCCCAGGUGUGCACCUCGCCUGCCAUCCUCCUGCCCCACACUGAUCCCUUGGGCUCGCAGGUCUUCGCUCCAUCCAGCUCCACCCGGGAUCUGCUGUCCCAGCUGGAUGAGGCCAAGGGUGGCCGGGAGUGUGUCCCCCUGCCCUUCUGCCGCUGGAGCCUCGCUGAUUUCGCCCGGGAGAAGUACGCCCCACUCCUUCUGCGGACCCGGACCAAGGUGGUAGUGGUGGUGCUGUUCCUGGCACUGCUAGGGCUGAGCCUCUAUGGCACCACCAUGGUACAUGAUGGCCUCUACCUGACGGACAUCGUGCCACGGGACACCAAGGCACACGCCUUCAUCUCGGCCCAGUUCAAGUACUUCUCCUUCUACAACAUGUUCAUUGUCACUAAGGGUGGCUUCCACUACCCGGGUGCCCAGGCUGCCCUGCUGAGUCUGCACCAGGCCUUCAGCACCGUCAAGUACGUGGUGCGGGAGGGCAACCGCGACCUGCCUAAAAUGUGGCUCCAUUACUUCCAGGACUGGCUGAGAGGGCUCCAGGCCACCUUCGACAGGGACUGGCAGGCUGGGCGCAUCACCCAUGACAGCUACCGCAAUGGCUCCGAGGAUGGGGCACUGGCCUACAAGCUCCUCAUCCAGACUGGCAACAAGAAGGAGCCCUUCAAUUUCAACCAGCUGACCACACGGCGAUUGGUGGAUGAGAAUGGCAUCAUCCCCCCUGACACCUUCUACAUCUGCCUGACGGUGUGGGCCAGCAACGACCCCCUGGGCUUUGCUGCCUCCCAGGCCAACUUCUACCCCCCACCCCCCGAGUGGAUUCAUGACAAGUACGACAUCACGGGCGAGAACCUGCGAAUCCCAGCAGCCCAGCCGCUGGAGUUCGCCCAGUUCCCUUUCUACCUGAGCGGGCUGCGUCGCACGUCCGACUUCGUGGAGGCGAUUGAGAGCGUACGGGCCAUCUGCCAGGAGGCCGCCCAGCGCCACGGCGUGCUGAGCUACCCCAGCGGCUACCCCUUCCUCUUCUGGGAGCAGUACAUCGGCCUGCGGCACUGGUUCCUGCUGGCCAUCAGCAUCCUGCUGGCCUGCACCUUCCUCGUCUGCGCCUUGCUGCUGCUCAACCCCUGGACCGCCGGCAUCAUCGUCUCCAUCCUGGCCAUGAUUGCUGUGGAAUUGUUUGGCAUCAUGGGGCUGAUGGGCAUCAAGCUGAGCGCCAUCCCUGUGGUCAUCCUCAUUGCCUCGGUGGGCAUCGGUGUGGAGUUUACUGUCCACGUGGCCCUGGGCUUCCUGACAGCUGCGGGGAGCAGGAACGUGCGCUCAGCCGCAGCACUGGAGCACACUUUUGCACCUGUGAUGGAUGGUGCUGUCUCCACCCUCCUGGGUGUCCUCAUGCUGGCUGGCUCUGAGUUCGAUUUCAUCAUGAGGUAUUUCUUUGCGGUGCUGACCAUCCUGACGCUGCUGGGGCUGCUCAACGGGCUGGUGCUGCUGCCCGUGCUGCUCUCUGUCAUCGGGCCACCUCCUGAGGCAUCUCUGGUGGAUAAUGGCCCCUGCCUACCCCCACCAGAGUCGAUACCCCCAUGUCUGGGCCCUGGGGGACUGUACGUCCGGCGCGCUCCAGCCUGGCCUGCCACCUUCCCUGAGCCCUCUGACACGGAGAGCGUGGGGCCAGGCAGCCCACGGGGACCCUUCGUUGUGCCCCCUGCCCCAGCACACAUCCUACUGGAGGCUGGCAAGGACCCCAGCUUCCCCCGCAUCACUGUGCUGAAGCCCUACAAGGACAGCCUGGAGGUUCAGGGGAAGAAAGAGGCUUCUGGCCCUCAGCCUGCAGCCCCCCUGCCCUUUGGGGAGCCGUGCACCUCGCUGCCCCGAGAUCCCCCGCAGCCCGGCCCAGCGGGCACCCGGCCAGCCCCCCCCGCAGCCCUGCCCACCUACAGCACCCACCUGCAGGGUCCUGCCGGCAGCUACACCACCGUCACGGCCACCGCAUCAGUGACAGUGGCUCUGCACCCCACACUGCCUGGCUCCUACCCCAGCUUCAGCCCUGAGGGCUUCACCAGCAGCGAGCGGGACUGCCUGGACGAGCCCAGCACCAGCGGCACCGCUGUGCCCGACACCUUUGAGAUGCAGAACAUGGGACACCACAGGGCAGGUGCCUGGCGCUAG